AUGUGGUACACCGUCCCAAGAGGAAAAGUCAAAGUUGACCUCAUCGAGAAAAAUUUGUGUGUCGAUGCAUGGGCGGUCGAUAAAAGUUGGAGUGCGGAAGAUCUUAAAUCUGAAGCUGCCAAACUCUUUCCAAAGGUGCUGGGAAUUGACAGCCCUGAACUAAUACCGUAAGUUUGCAUUUGAAUUUAUAAUUUGACUUUGUUUUUAUAAUUUUGUGAACUAGCCUGCAUGGCGGGCUCAUUGAAAGGAGAGCCUGCAACAAUCUCAAGGAAAUUUGAUCACCGCCCACUAUUUACUAUGAUAAUUUAUUUCCUUUAUCCUUGGAAUACGAACUGUCUAUAGACUGUGCAUGAUGGAGUGUGAGUAAUAGCUAAUAUACUUUAUUACUGUUGUAGGUCAUAGGUAGCUUGCAAAUUCAAAAAAUUCGCAGUAGGGAUGGGCCGAUAGCUGAAAUUGCCGAUUAGCCGAUUCGAUUAAUCGGUGGCCGAAAAUACGUAAUAAUCGGCCGAUUAAUCGGCCAAAGCCGAUUAUUGCCAUUUACACAUUUACCAGUAGGCAUUAAUUGUCCUGAUGAACCUCAAAUGCUUUUGAGCAUUAAAAUGAAACUUGAGAAGCUAAUGCAGCGAAGCUCUCAGCUACAGUAUCUCUGGCAUUCAUUCAUGUCCCAUUCACACAAGCAUCCAGCCUCGCUUUGGUGAGUUCAAUAUUUGAACUUUGUUUGUGAUUGUCAUCGGUUAACCAAUGAAAAGACUCACAUAAAUUUAGACCAAUCACAAACAUAGUUCAAAUAUUGAACUCACCAAAGCGAGGCUGGAUGCUCGUGUGACCAGAGCCUCCUCGUCUGUGUCCUCACUUCUAUCGGCACAGGAGGCUCUGGCACUCAGGGUAAAAUUCACAGUACUCUUUCAAAAUAUAUACACUUUUAUUGAUAGCGAAUAUUAAUAAACAUUGCGCCACGUACGGUUCUAUAAUUUAUGCGUAUUUUGGCAUAUAUUAUUUUAGCCCAUAGGAUUUUCGCGUCCUCUCAGAAAUAUCAAAUUUCCUUGAGACUGUUGCAGGCUCAUUAUUCAAUGAACCUGCCACGCAGGCUAAUUGUAAACUUAAACAAAUUUUUAUUACGCAUUUAUAAUAUGGCAGUUGUAAUUUGUGAACGCUGAUUGGCUAUUUUGAUGUUGCAGGUUUGAGUUUGUUAGAAGUGUGGGAACAGCAAUUGUUCCGAUUACACUGCACCAAGGACAGGCCCUGGAUAGCAAGGUUUUAAGACAUAUCUCCGGAUCUGGUCCUGUUUAUUUGAGAGCACUCCAGGAUUUAGAUCAAGAUGAAGAAGUAA